UCAGUUAAAUUUACCGAUCCAAUUGAAUUAGAAGGAAGAUAGAACAAAACAAAAUGUCGGACUUUUUGUUUCAGACAUUAUUUAUAUAAUCUAUUUGACAUUUGUUACACAAUGCAUCUAUAAUAAUGUGGAUAACUACUUUCAUAUUAUUUUCGUUUUUUACUGUUUUUACAGUUGUUCAUUCACAAGAUGAUCCAUGCUUAGAAGGAAACUACAUAGAACUAAAUCAAUGGGAAAGAUCUGUAGCAAAUGACGUCCGUAAAGGAAUUUGUGACAAUUUCUUACCUUCGGGAUGGUACCGUCCAGUAAGCUUGGCAGGUAAUACAAUGCCAACAGAGUGUAUACAAGGCGGCUUUAGAUGUGGCACAACCUCCACUUUAUGGAUGAAUGGUUCAUACCCCUCUGUUGGCGAUGUGUCUAAUGUUACUGCCUGUGCAAGUAACUACAACGGAGGAUGUUGUAUCAGCUCAUAUGAUAUCCAGGUUAAGAACUGUGGAGAUUACUAUGUUUAUAAUCUUACGCACACACAUGGGUUCUACGAGGCGUACUGUUUUGGUAAUUAUUGUUUAUGUAUAAAUGAAAUGUAUCCAAAAGAGGAGAUUUGGCAUGCGCUGAGACAACUAUCAACCAGAUCUAUAUUAUCUUUUUAUUCAGGGACAGAAACCAAAUGCCCAAAAGGGGAGACCUCAGAUAAUGGUGGAUUUACUCCUGGAUGUGAAUUUGAUCCUUGUCAAAGUGUAAACUACAAAGUAUUGCAAAUGGAGGUGAAGAGGUCUUCAAACUAUAGUCUUAAUGAUGAUGAUACUGCUAUAGACGACAGUCGACUGAUAACCGGAUGGUACAGAAUUGACAGCGUCACCGGAAAUGACAUAGUCAACCAAAGUGUUUAUAUGAUGCAUUGUGGUACAGUAUACCCGCUAUGGAUGCAAGGGAAUAUUCCGGAAAUUGGCGACAAAACUGUAGAUAGAAAGGUUUGCAAGUCUGGGCUGAGUAGCACGUGUGAAGCUGAGUAUGAUAUCAGAGUACGUAACUGUGGCAACUACAGGACAUACUUUUUACAACAGUUAAAUGAAGACAAGUCUAGUUAUUGCUUUGGCAGCUUACCAGUACCUACGCCACCUACUACUAUGAAACCACCUGGCCGAGAUUCCACAGACAAAGAGGACGGAGAAAGAUCUAACAGUUCUGUAUGGGCCGUUGUUAGUAUUUUACCUGUUAUUUCAGUAUUAUUGGUGAUUAUCGUCGUACUUCAAAUAUGCAAGAAAAACACCAAACAAGAUCGAUCUGUCGAUUUUGUUCCAGAGAAACCAAAAACUAAAUAUGCCGUAAACUCAGAGCCACCGGCAUAUGAAGAAACAAUGCAGAACGAGAAGAACAGUAACAUAUAUGAUGAAAGGAUGUAUAACCAUCGCCAGUUUGACACUGUUGGUGGAAUUCUACCGAACGACGCUGGGUCAAGACCAAACUACAUUGAAGCUAGACCCCCUCAAAGUACAAAGAUGAAAUAGAUCAAAAUAGGACUGCACGUUUC